CCUUCCCCGCAUCCGUCCGGGCACCUCGCCCUUCUGCGCCGGGCGCAAGCGCGCCACGGGCCCGCGGGCCUGGCCAUGCCGGCGCCCGCGCCGGCCGCGCCACUAAGCCCUGCGCUGUGCAGGCUGGCGCGCGGCCUGCAGGGGGCGCUGAACGGCGGCGGGGAGCGCGAGGGCCUCUGCCUGCGGUCCGACGGCUUCGGCCGGCUCGACGAGCUGCUCUCGCUGGGCUGCAUGCAGGACAUCGGCCGUGGAGGCGGCCGCGCCGGGCUCCGCCGCCGCCCUGAACACCGGCGGCUGGGGCGGGCCCGUCUCGGCGCCGCUGCGGGCGGCCGUGCGCCAGGUGGUGUGCGCCCUGCCCACGGCCUUCUGCUUCUGGGACGCGGACGCCGACGAGCUGUGGCUCUGGGCCUCCGCGGACGCCGAGAUCCCCGGGGGGGACGGGCAGGCCGCGGCCCUGGCGGCGGGGCUGCGACCGCUGGCGCGGGCGCUGCACGAGCUGCUGCGGGGCGGGGCGGCCGAGGAGGGCCUGCCGCAGCGCUCCGACGGCUUCUCCAGGCUCGACGAGGCGCUGCGCUUGCGCGGCAUGGCCAGCGCCGUGGAGCAGGCGGCGCCUGGCAGCGCCGAGGCGCUGCGCACCGGCGGCUCGGGCGCGGCGUUGCCAGAGCGGCUGCUGGCCGCGGCCCGCGAGGUGGUCUUCGGCGCCCCGGCGUCCUUCGAGAUCUGGGACCCGGACGCCGAGCCCCUGUGGGUCCGCGCGCUCGCCGCGCCCCCGGGGGAGCCCGAGGCGCAGCAGGCGCCGCUGGCGGCCCAGCCGUCCUGGGCGUGCCGAGGCGCCGGCGCGGCAGAGGGCUCGCGGGCGCCGGCCACCGCGGCGGCGGCUCCCGCGCACCGCUUCUGGACGCCGACGCGCGGGGAGCCCGCCCGCCAGGCGUCGCGGGGGCUGCCGGGCCGGGCCUCGUGGCACGCGCAGACGCCGCCCCGGACGGCCCGGCCCCAGUCCGCGGCGCCAGGGCGCCGCGCGGCGGCCGCUUGCGACGCCCGUGUGGGGCGCUGCCGCGGACGCUUCAGGUCCUUCAACCCGGUGGAGGGCUACGGCUUCCUGCGCUGCGACUCGCUGCCGGACAAGGACGUGUACUUCCACGCCUCCGGCUCGGCCGUGCUCGGAGAGGUCCCCGGGCACUGCGUCACACCCCCGGACUCGGACCCCUGCGGGCCGGAGGCGGAGUUCGAGCUGCAGUGGAGGAACGGCAGGCCGCGCGCAGUGAACCUUUCGCUGGUCGGCGCGGGCCCGCCCGCGGAUGCCCCAGGGGAGCCCCCAGCUGGACCCGCGGCCGCGCCAGCAGAGGUGCCAGCCCGCCAGCAGGCCGCACUGGUGGAGGGUCCAGCCCGCCCACCGGCCGCGCCAGCAGAGGCCAGACCGCCAGCUGCACUGCCAGGGGUCCCAGCACUGCCACCAGCCACUGCACCAGCGGCCGACGCGGCAGGCGGCAACGCUGGGAGGGGGGAGCGGCCCGAGCAGUGGCCCCUGCAGGAGGCGUCGGCGCCUCCAGGCCGCUGGCACCCCGGGCAGGAGCUCUCGCCCGAGCUGGACCGCCUGGGGCGGGCCAUGCUCGCGGUGCUGCGCCACUACGCCGCCCGCGACGGCGUGGAGAUCCGGGCAGACGGCUUCGCGAAGCUGAGCGAGACCCUGUCCGUCCAGAGCCUCCGCCAGCCGAUCCAGGCCGCCGCGCCCGGCUCUCCCGCGCCCCAGCCCGGCCGGCCCGUGCGGCCGGAGCUGCUCCGGGCGGUACGCGAGAUCGCCGCGAAGUCCCGGAAGGACGGCCUCCCGCGCUUCGAGCUGUGGGAGGGCGGCCAAGCUGGCGCCGAGGAUGGAUCUGGGUCCGGGCCACCGGAAAGCACACCUUCGCCGCGCGCGGGCAGCCGGGGCCGCGAGGUCGUCCGGCGCCCCGAGCCAGCGGCGCUCCCGGUGAGUCCCCCGACCCUUGGGCGGGCAGGGACCCGUGGGCGGCCUCCGCUGCCACGGGGGCGCGGGACCCGAAGGCCCCGCUGCCCUGGCACGCCGUGUCAAAGACCGCGGCUCCGGCGCCCGGCAGCGGGCGCAGCACCGCCGCGGGCACCGCAAGCGCCAGCGCCAGCGCGAGCGCGGGCACCACCAGCGCCAGCAGCGCCGACGCCCCGGCCGCCCCGGGCGGCUGGUGGCGGCUGCUCGGGGACGACCGCCGCCGCGGGCCCGCGCCGCAGCCCGGCGAGGAGGGGGCGGCCGCUGGGGCCGCGGCCGCGCCAGAGGACAACUGGGCCCAGGCCUCCGGCCGCAUGGCGGACGGCGAGGGCGCCGCGGCGGCGGCCGUUGGCAAGGGCCGCACCGUGCGGGCAGGUGACUGCAUCCAGGUCACGUGCUACGACGACGCCGACGCCGAGCAGGGCGAGGCCGUGUUUCGGAUCGUCAGCCUGUACGAGGCGAGCGAGCACGGCCAGUUCGCGCGCGCUGAGUUCCUGUUCUGCACUGAUCAGUACUUGCAGUGGUACGAGGAGAAUGCGGGAUCCCCUGGAGCCAGGAAGUCAAAGCGUGUUCUCCAUUUUUGUCCAGAGGAUGAGUCGGCCAUCCUAUGCGCGGCGGAGGCGGGCCCUGGCGUGGAGGUGACGCACGUCGACGAGUUCGUGGUCCUAGAGUCGGUCGAGGAGGCGUACCUCCAGUUCCGGCGACGCAAUCCUGCUGCGCGCUGGCCUGCCGAGCUGGGGCCCGAGCCGCUGGAGGAGGAGCUGGGGGAUCCCGGGGACGAGGAGCUGGUGCCCGCCGAGCUGGACGAGUUCGGGCUCGCCGCCAAGGUCGUCGACUCCGUGGGUGAGCUCGAGGCCGCUCGCGAGGCGGAGGGGCCUGGCGCCGCCGCGGGCCCUCCUGGGCGUGCCGCCGUCAAGGCGCGCGGUCGGCCGCCCGCUCGGGCUCGGCCACCUGCCGCGGCCGCGUCUGAGCCCGCGGGGCUGCCUGGCGGGAGCGUUCGCCCCCGCGGCACCGCCGGCGGGGAGACCCCGCUCGAGGCCGCCGCCGCCGCCGCUGCGAAGGAGCCUGCAGGGCGCCGCCCUGACGAGGAGAUGCAGGCGCUCCUCCGCAAGAGGCUGGGCGACUUGAAGGGUCGUCUGGGCGCCGAGGGCGACGCUGCCGCCGAGCCUCGAGGUGCCGCUGCUGAGGGGGCCCCGCUCAAGAGGAAGUCCCUGGAUGAGAUCCUGGCUGAGAGGGCGGCGAAGGCUCCCAGGCGGGGGCCCGCGGACGGGGGCGCAGCUGGCAGCGGAGGCCUGGCGGGCGCUGGGCCCGAGCGUGAGGGCGGCGGGUCUGCCGCUCACCUCCUUCGCUCGCUGCUGGGCGCGCUCACCCCUGCCGAGGGCAUCGAGGGCUUCGGCAUCACCGACGGCUUGGAGUUCACGCCUGGGAAGUCGUUGGCUGCCUCACGAGCGUUCUUCAGGAAGACUGCUCGCGACACUCCAGGGAAGCUGUUGACGGCCCACUUGUCGCACCUCAAGCAGUUUCUCAGCACAAAGGGCAUGCACGAUGCCGAGGAGGAGCUCCCUCCGAUAGUUAACAAGUUCCUGCUGAACAUCUUCUUGGCCUCGCACCCUGUUUCAUCAAUCGGCGAGGACAUGUUCAGGCAGAUGCGCACUCUGUCCGAGUCCCUGGACCUCUUGAUCCAAGGGAAGCUCCCGGAGGCCAUGGACAUGCUCAUGCAGAGGUUCAAAGCCUGCCAGCUCGCCUGCAAGGAUAAGCAUUGGAGGAGCGCGCGCUGGCUGGAGCUCAUCCCUCCCGAUGCCGACAUGGCUGCCAUCAAUAUCGAGGAGGAGGAGCUUCUGAGGAAGAUCGAGUACGGCGAAUUGAAGCUCGCCGAGCUCGCGGGGAAGCUCAAGCCCUCCAGGACUUUCAAGGAAUUGAAGCUGCAGAACCCCAAGAAGGACGGCGAGACGCAGGGCAAGUACCGGCAGCGCCUGGCGCUGCUCAUGCGGGGCGACGGCCCCAAGAGGCAGGCGCCGCCAGUGCAGGGCGGUGCUCGCAAGGUCAUCCUGGAGGGCGAGGGCUCGCAGGACCAGGUUAUGCUCACGAACUACCAGUAUGCGGGCACGUGCGGGGAGGAGGCGUGGGGCCACCACUCGCACUACUCCGCCGCUCAGGUCAACGCCGUCGAGGUCAUGAGGGAGGCUGUCUCGUAUUUCCUCGGGGGCGACCUUGGCAGGGUUCAGCUGCCCCUCCUUAGUGAGAUCUCGACGCGGGCGUCCAGCGCUUACGACAUCGACAGUGGCACGCGUGCGCUGCCCCUUAGGCUGGGAGAACUACGACCUGGCCGACCAGCAGCUGAUGUCGCUGGCCGGCUGGACCCUCGUGCUCAUGUCAGCCCUGAGGUGCUCACCUGGUUGGACGACCCGUCGGUGGCCCUCCUGCCACGUGCCCAGUGGCCUUCUGAGGUUCCGAAGGCGAGGCUGCUGGUCGACUCGCCUGCGGAGUGGGCGAGGAUCGUUGGCCACUUGUACUCGCUCGGGAUCGUGGAGGCCAUAGAGGACGAGCAGAUCUUUCGGGCGGACGGCGUCCCCGUGCUCAACGGCGCCUUCGCAGUUGAGAAAAGGGGCGUGCCCGAGGCUGGUGAGCAGAGGCAGCGCCGCUUCAUCAUGAACAUGGUGCCAGCGAAUAGCUACCUGAAGAUCAUGACCCAGGACCUGUCGACGCUGACGGCCUCGACCUCUUGGGUUACGGUGGUGUUGGAGGGCCAGCGCGUCUUGCUCUGGUCGGGUGACGACCAGCAGGGCGCCUUCUUUGUCUGGAAGAUCCCGCGGGCCUGGCGCAGCUUCACGACGUUGAAGGGCCGCGUCCCCGGCCGCCUCGUGGGCCGCCCAGAUCUGAAGACGGUGCAUGUGUGCUCAGCCGUUAUACCGAUGGGCUGGCUGCUGGCCGUCACGUUAUUCCAACACCUUCAUAGACGCCUGGGCCUGCGCCCUCCCCCCGCUGGAGCGGGCCUGCCUGAGAUUGAUGAGUGGAGGAGGGACAAGCCGCUCCCCAUUGCUCAGGUGGGCGGUUGCAGGUCUUGGUACCAGUUCUUCAUCGACGACUUCGAUGCCCCCAGGAUCGUGAACGACACCGAGGGGGAGGUCGGCGUCGGCUCUGCUUACCAGAAGCGUCAGAGGGCUUCCUACCAGCGCAACGGCGUGGCCUGGGCCGAACGCAAGGCCCACCUCGGGGAGACGAAGGUCGAGAGGAUGGGCGUGCUCGUGGAUGGUCUGCGCGGGCCCGUCUCGGUACCUCUCAUGAAGCUCUUCGAGACCAUGCUCUUGGGGGCCCUGCUGGUGACCAAGGACUGGGUCUACUGGAAGACCAUGCUCGUGCUCCUGGGCAAGCUCGUCAGGGCUUUGGAGUUCAGGUGCGUCCUCUUUUGCAUCCUCAACGAGGUCUGGAAGUUCGCGGAUGGCACUCACUCUGGCUGGGUCAACUCGGAGAUGACCGAGGAGAUCCUCAGCGGCGUGGGCCUCCUCCCGCUUGCCUUCACGGACCUUCGCGCGGAGGUCGAUGCGAGGGUUACCUGCUCUGACGCCUCGGAGGAUGGUGGAGGCGCCUGCACGUCACUGAGGCUGUGCCCCGAGGCCCUCUCGAAGCUGACGGCUGCUGCCGCUGCAGGCCAGGAGGGCAGGCAACACCUCAUGGCGGGCCGCCUGCUGCUGGGCGAGGCGUCGCUUUGGCGAGCGUGGGAGUCGAGGAACCCUGGUUUGCCGCCCCCUGCUGGUGAUAAGAUACCUGCUGUCCUGGUCAUAGGGCUGUUCGACGGCAUCGGGGGCAUGAUCGUCUCGCUCUCAAGGCUCCGCACGAAAAUCAUUGGCUACGUCUCGUCGGAGGUUGACCCCAGCGCGCGCAGGGUCGUCAGGAAGAGGUGGCCCGGCCUCAUCGACUGGGGGAACAUCCAAGACGUUGGGACUCAGCACAUUGACAAGCUGGUCCAGCUCUUCGGCGGGAUCGUCGACGUGGUCUACUGUGGCGCCGGCAGUCCAUGCCAAGACCUGUCGAGGCUGAUGUUCGGCAGGAGGGGGCUCGAGGGCCAGAAGAGCGCUCUCUUUCGCGAGAUACCGCGAAUCCUGGGGCUGCUGAACGCCGCGUUCCCUGGGAAGGUCCGCUCCCUCGUCGAGAACGUCGCCUCCAUGCCAUUCGAGGACAUCGAGCGCAUCUCUAGCGAGCUCCAGGUCACGCCCUACCGGUUCUGCAGCAGCUGCCUGGUCCCCAACAGAAGGCCGCGGUUGCACUGGCUCUCGUGGCGUUUGCUGCCGUGCAAGGGCUAUAGCUACAAGGACAGGGGGCACUUCGUCGAGGUCAUCUCCGACGGCGCGGCGCGCGUGGAGCUGCCCUGGACCUCCCCUGGCUGGAUUUGGAAUGGUGGCCCGCUGCCUGUGCCGACGUUAGUCUGUGCUAGGCCCUCUUUGUUACAGCCUACUCGACCUGCUGGAAUUGCUCGGGCCAGCCCCGAGGCGAAGGCUCGUUGGAAAAAGGACGAUCAUCGUUACCACGUCGGCCUUUACGAGAACGCCUGCCUACUCCAGCAUGAGGCCACCAUGGAGCUCCGCCCCCCGUCGGCAGAAGAGAGAGAGGUCCUCUUGGGGUUCGAUCGAGGAUACACCGAGUGUGCCGUAAAAGACGGGUCUGGCUCGAGCCUCGAGACCACGCGCUGCUUCCUGCUUGGGAAUAGCUUCUCAGUCUAUGCGGUCUCAUGGCUGCUGCAGCACUCCCUGGUCGCCGACGAGUUCCAGCCACAGCUGUGGGAGCCCCAUGCCCUGUGCCACACGGGCAAGUGCAGGGCCCCGUGGAACGACAGCGCGGUGUACCACCAGGGCGACGACUACCAGUACGAGCCCGAGGCGGAGCAGCUCGUGCGGCACUACCUGUCUAUCGCGGAGAGAGGGGGCACGGACGUGCGCUUGGACGUGCACCUCCCGUUCCGGCACCGCGCGUGGCCGCGCGUGUCGCUCGAGCCCAGCGUCUGGACGUGGAAGGUGAUCUCAAGUUACCGGUGGCGUGCUGGGAUCGGGAAGCACAUCAACGCCCUCGAGAUCCAGGCGGCCGUGAACACCAUCAAGUGGAGGCUGCGGUCGGGCACGGGCCGCCCCAGGCGCAUGCUACACCUGAUCGACAGCCAGGUCGCCGCUUCGGUGCUGACGAAGGGCCGCAGCAGCAGCAGGGUCCUGCGGAUGCACGUCAAGCGCUGGGGGGCCUUGUGCUGGGCGACAGGCUGCUACGUCAUGCUUGGCUACAUCGCGCUCCAGCGGUUGCGAGGCUCCCAGAGGCUCUCUGAUCUCAGGGUCAGCGCGGUCACGCUCAAGAGGUACCGUAUCGCCGUCGCGGAGUUCCUCGCCUUCGCCAUCGAGGGUGGCUUCCCGCUGAACAGCUCGGCCGAGGCGGACAGCGCGCUGGGCGCCUACGUCGAGGACCAGUGGGCGAACGAGGGCACGCUCAGCCAUGGGCGCUAUGCGCUCGCCGGUUGCCUCUUCUUCGCCCCCGAGCUCCGCACGGCCCUGCCCUUUGCGUGGUCCCUGGUCAAGACGUGGCAGAAGCUGGCGCCCAUCAAUCGCGCCUAUCCGGCCAGCCCCGAGAUGGCGCUCGGGCUUGCAGGCGCUGCAGUCUCGGUUGGCCAGCCCCUGUUGGCUGCCCUGGUCCUCGUCACGUUUGAUGCGAUGCUUCGGACCAAGGAGCUGCGUGAUCUUACAUAUGAUGAUAUCACGUUCGCCGAGGGCGGCGUCAUACUGCGCCUGUCGGAGACGAAGAUGGGCGUCAGGACCGGCAAUGUGCAGUUCGUCGUGGUGCGAACGCCCGCCGCAGUCAACUUGCUGCGGGUUGCUGCGGAGCGCGCCCAGCCGACGGACCACCUGUGCCCGUACACGUACGUGCAGCUCCAGCGGCUCCUGAAGUCGCUCCUCGCUGUCGCCUCGAUCCCGCCUGCGCGCUGGUCCUGGUACAGCUUCAGGCGAGGAGGCGCCUGCCAUGACUUUCUCUUGGGCGCCAAUCUCGAGCGCACAAUGCAGCGUGGGAGAUGGAGUGCCGUGACUUCUGCACGUGUGUAUAUCGAGGAGGCUGUCGCCGACCUUGUAGAUGUCUCAAUGAGCCAGCUCUCGAAAGAUAUAUUGAGUCAGCUUGGCCUAAUGCUACUGAAUUCCGGCUAUAGCCAGUAA